GCACGAACUACAGCCAACUUAUUCCGGAUAUCCUUAUUGCUUUUUCUGGUCACAUUAAUGUAAUCAGUGUGAAAAAUGCAAAUAGAUAACAAAAUCUUCGUAUAAGAGAUAUAGGUGUGCAUUUAAAUCUAUCAUUUUCCCCAUUCCUUUGUUAUUUUGUGGGCAGUGAUUUUUCAAACAUGUCUUGUUUGGUUAGAAUUCUUAUUGCUGUGGGCUGUAUGUCUCUCAAUGUUUUUGCCCUUUGGGAAGAAAUUGCGGGCCCCUAUGAUCUUAGUUUUAAACACCUUGGUGAGUGUGAGAAGAAAGGUCCGGUCAAUCUGUUACACAACAUGAAAUUUAGCAAGAUUAAUCGAACGCACCACGUAUACACCGGUUUACUUGAUACAGGAGUGGAUUUGGAUGAUACCGUGAAGGGCCCCUUUGAUCUCACUUUCAGUCACCUCGGUGAAUGCGAGAAGAAAGGUCCGUACAAUCUGUUCCAAAGCAUGAAAUUCAGCAAGAUUAAUCGAACACACCACAUAUACACCGGUUUACUUGAUACAGGAGUGGAUUUGGAUGAGACUGUGAAGGUACGAAUGGUUGCUUCGAACAAGGGCACAAACGGACGCUACAAUAAUGUCGUUGAUAUCCAGUACAAAGUAUGUGAGUUGCUGAGAACCUUUGGCAUGGCAAUAGUGAACAGCAUUUGCGAACACUGCAACCAUACAUUUGAGUGUCCGUGUAAAAGGUUCACUUGUGAAAUGAAUAAAUGGGUUUUUGUGUAUGAUUUCGAGAAAGUUCCUGCUCUUCCCUACGGCGAAUACCGGCUUGACGUCAUUGCUUUUAAACUGAGUAAGCGUUUGAAAAAGGAGAUGAUUUCCUGCACCAGAUUUUAUGGAGUGGCAACCCCCAAGAGACCAAAAAGUCCUAAAUACAAGAACAAUACAGUACCAAAGGACAUUCAAUAAGAAGCAAAUUCCAUGGUGUUUAGAUAUAACGAUUUUACUUGCGAGAUGAAAAAUUGGAUUUUUGUAUAUGAUGUAGACAAUGUUCCUGCACUUCCCUAUGGCGAGUACAGACUUGACAUUUAUGCUUACAAAGUGGCUCCUCACAUCAUGAAGCAGCUGAUUUCUUGCACCAGAUUCUAUGGAGUAGUUACCCCCAAGUGGCCAAAAAGUCCUAAGAACACUCAAUAAUAUUUAAAUUCAAUGGUGAAAAUGUAUUUCCUGUCGACUUCAUCAGUUAAAAGUGUGAACAUUAUCAAUAGAGACAAUAUAUUCUGAAUUCUUGAAUAUCUGAGUUUCAUUCUUGUCUUCUCAGCACGAAAAUAUGAUUUCCAAAUCGAAAUUUUAAGUCACAGAGAGGACCGAUUAGAAUAUAAUGUAGUCUA